AUGGCGGAAGAGCUUGAGUUUCUAUGGCAAAAGUUAAAGGUCACGGAAGAGGAAGAGAAAAGUGUUAACCUAGGGAGAGAAUGUUCUAAGGCUGCAAACGAAAGAGGAAAGAACUGCUUAGUUAUGAAGGUCUUAUCACGCAGAGGAGUUAUCCUGGAUGCACCAAGGAAAAAUGUUAGGAUGUUAUGGAAGCCAAAUAAGAGCAUUAGUAUUUUGGUGAUUGAAGAGGAGAUGUUUUUAGUGGAGUUUGACGAUGAACGGGACAAGAGGAGAGUCUUGGAGAUGAGCCCGUGGCAUUAUGAGAAGCAACUGGUUCUACUCCAGGAUUUUGACGGAGACCAAGACCCAAAGGAUAUUGUACUCAGGUGGUAUCCUUUUUGGGUUCAAAUGUACAAUCUGCCCCUGAAACAUAGGACAAGAGAAACAGGGAUGGCCAUCGGGGCUAGUCUUGGUGAAGUUUUGGAGGUGGAUGUGGCUGACUCCAGGGUUCAGUGGGGAAAGUGCCUUCGAGUUCGUGUCAAGAUAGACGUUUCUCGCAAGCUUAUACGAGGAAGAAAGAUAAACGUAGAUGAGGGGGUGGCUUGGUGGGUGCUCUUCAAAUAUGAGCGCCUUCCAAAUUUUUGCUACCGUUGCGGACUGUUGGAAAAUGACUUGAAGGACUGCACGCAGAAAGAAGAGUUAGACAAAACCGGCAAAAUGGGAGAGCUUCAGUACAGUGCAUGGAUGAGAGAUGAACCGGUGAGGAGAUCAGGAUGGGAACAACAUUAUGCAAAAAAGGAUGAAGGUGUAGGCGUGUGA